AUGUGGGACCCUCAGGACUUCGAGCGCCACUGGCAGGCCGAGUUCCCCGGGCAGGAGGCGCCCGUCAUGCGGCUGGACUCGGUGCUGGACAUGGAGCAGGAGCUGGAGCGCUGCAAACUCAACCUGAAGCGGCUGCAACAGGUGUUGGCGGAGGAGAAGUUUAAAGUCUUCUACCUGCAGUCGGCCCUGGCCGGGGAGAAGCGGGACCUGGGCUGCGGGCGCCCGGGGGGCGGAGACGGCGGCAGCGGGGGAGCUUCGGCGGGGGCGCCGGCGCCGGCCGGGCCAGAGCGGGCGCCGUCGCCGCGCGAGGAGGAGGGCGCCGCGGGCGGCGGCGGAGACCCGCUGGGACCCGCACGCCCUGACCCAGAGGUGGCCGCCAAGGCCGAGACUCCUCCGUACGUGUGCCUGGACCUUCCCACCUGGCCUGUGGCGGCGGGGGCCGGGAGUACGGUGCGCAGCUUGACCGCCGCCAUCCACCAGCAGCUGCUGCAGCCUCGCCUCCUCUUCAGGCCCCGGGAGAACUGUGCGCCCCCCGGCCACGAUGGAGCACCGGACGCCUCGGGCGCGGACGAUGGGGGCGACAGCAGUGACCACGACUUCGAGAUGGUGGAUUUGAACGAGAAAUUCGUCCUAGGCCACUUGCUUGUGGGCCCCUGCCGGCUCGGGACCCGCGAUGAGGCCGAAAAGCCGUCACGGGCGAGCAGCCCCCAUCGCUGGAUGCACCUGAUCCCCGGGGCCCGGCGGCAGCAGCGCCGGAGCCGCGACCUGGAGCAGCUGGAGUCGGAGGCCAAGGACGGGCGGGGCUCGCCCGUAGCUGCAGAUGAGGUCCCCCGGCGCGGGGCCCGAGAGCACCUUCCUCCGUGGCGGCGCAAGAGGUUCCUGCGGGUGCCCGAGCGGGACUCGCCCAGCCACAGCUCGCCGGAGAGGGGCAGUGACUGCAGCCGCAACAGCUCGGAUCACGAAGACGGCUCUUCUGCAGACUUCAGCUACGGGGCAGACGACUACGACGGAGAGGGGAAUGAGGAGCAGAAGGGGCCCCCGGAGGGCUCAGAGACCAUGCCGUACAUCGACGAGUCGCCCACCAUGUCGCCCCAGCUCAGCGCUCGCAGCCAGGGCGGCGGGGACAGCAUCUCCCCCACCCCACCUGAGGGGCUGGCACCCGGGGUGGAAGCAGGGAAAGGCCUGGAGAUGAGGAAGCUGGUUCUCUCAGGGUUCCUGGCCAGCGAAGAGAUCUACAUUAACCAGCUGGAGGCCCUGUUGCUGCCCAUGAAACCCCUGAAGGCCACAGCCACCACCUCGCAGCCUGUGCUCACCAUCCAGCAGAUCGAGACCAUCUUCUACAAGAUCCAGGACAUCUAUGAAAUCCACAAGGAGUUCUACGACAACCUCUGCCCCAAGGUGCAGCAGUGGGACAGCCAGGUCACCAUGGGCCACCUCUUCCAGAAGCUGGCCAGCCAGCUUGGCGUGUACAAAGCAUUUGUGGAUAACUAUAAAGUUGCUCUGGAGACAGCUGAGAAGUGCAGCCAGUCCAACAACCAAUUCCAGAAGAUCUCCGAGGAACUCAAAGUGAAAGGUCCCAAGGACUCCAAGGACAGCCACACGUCAGUCACUAUGGAAGCUCUGCUCUACAAGCCCAUCGACCGAGUCACCAGGAGCACCCUGGUCCUGCACGACCUGCUGAAGCACACACCCGUGGACCACCCAGACUACCCACUACUUCAGGAUGCCCUCCGUAUCUCCCAGAACUUCCUGUCCAGCAUCAAUGAGGACAUCGACCCCCGCCGGACUGCCGUCACAACCCCCAAAGGGGAGACGCGGCAGCUGGUGAAGGACGGCUUCCUGGUGGAAGUGUCGGAGGGCUCCCGGAAGCUGCGGCACGUCUUCCUGUUUACAGAUGUCCUACUGUGCGCCAAGCUCAAGAAGACAUCUGCAGGGAAGCACCAGCAAUAUGACUGUAAAUGGUACAUCCCUCUGGCUGACCUGGUGUUUCCGUCCCCUGAGGAGUCUGAGGCCAGCCCCCAUGUGCACCCCUUCCCCGACCACGAGCUGGAGGACAUGAAAAUGAAAAUCUCUGCCCUCAAGAGUGAAAUCCAGAAGGAGAAAGCCAACAAAGGACAGAGCCGGGCCAUCGAGCGCCUGAAAAAGAAGAUGUUUGAAAAUGAGUUCUUGCUGCUGCUCAACUCCCCCUCAAUCCCAUUUCGGAUCCACAAUCGGAAUGGAAAGAGCUACCUGUUCCUACUGUCCUCGGACUAUGAGAGGUCAGAGUGGAGAGAAGCAAUUCAGAAACUGCAGAAGAAAGAUCUCCAGGCCUUUGUCCUGAGUUCAGUGGAGCUGCAGGUGCUCACGGGAUCCUGUUUCAAACUUAGGACUGUACACAACAUUCCUGUCACCAGCAAUAAAGAUGAUGACGAGUCUCCAGGGCUCUAUGGCUUCCUUCAUGUCAUCGUCCACUCUGCCAAGGGGUUUAAGCAGUCAGCAAACCUGUACUGUACCCUGGAGGUGGAUUCCUUCGGCUAUUUUGUCAGCAAAGCCAAAACCAGGGUAUUCCGGGACACGACAGAGCCCAAGUGGGACGAGGAGUUUGAGAUCGAGCUGGAGGGCUCUCAGUCCCUGAGGAUCCUGUGCUAUGAGAAGUGCUACGACAAGACCAAGGUCAACAAGGACAACAACGAGAUCGUGGACAAGAUCAUGGGCAAAGGGCAGAUCCAGUUGGACCCACAAACUGUGGAAACCAAGAACUGGCACACAGAUGUGAUCGAGAUGAACGGGAUCAAAGUGGAAUUUUCCAUGAAAUUCACCAGCCGAGAUAUGAGCCUGAAGAGGACGCCAUCGAAAAAACAGACCGGCGUCUUCGGUGUGAAGAUCAGCGUGGUGACGAAGCGGGAGCGCUCCAAGGUGCCCUACAUCGUCCGGCAGUGCGUGGAGGAGGUGGAGAAGAGGGGCAUCGAGGAGGUUGGCAUCUACCGGAUAUCGGGGGUGGCCACAGACAUCCAGGCGCUGAAGGCCGUCUUCGAUGCCAAUAACAAGGACAUCCUGCUGAUGCUGAGUGACAUGGACAUCAACGCCAUUGCCGGCACCCUCAAGCUCUACUUCCGGGAGCUGCCCGAGCCCCUCCUCACUGACCGACUGUACCCUGCCUUCAUGGAGGGCAUCGCCCUGUCAGACCCUGCUGCCAAGGAAAACUGCAUGAUGCAUCUGCUCCGCUCCCUGCCCGACCCCAACCUCAUCACUUUCCUCUUCCUGCUGGAACACUUGAAAAGGGUUGCUGAGAAGGAACCCGUCAACAAAAUGUCCCUUCACAACCUGGCUACCGUGUUUGGCCCCACGUUACUGAGACCCUCAGAGGUGGAGAGCAAAGCACACCUCACGUCGGCGGCAGACAUCUGGUCCCACGAUGUCAUGGCACAGGUCCAGGUCCUCCUCUACUACCUGCAGCACCCCCCCAUUUCCUUCGCAGAACUGAAGCGGAACACACUGUAUUUCUCCACCGAUGUGUAGCCCCGGGUGGGAGCAGCUGUGGGGGUGGCUGAGCCAGCCUCUCCAGCCAGGGGACCCAACACAGACUUGAAAGACUACAAUAGAAAACUCCCAAGCCCAGCAGACGUCCAAGAACUGGAAUAUAUGCAUCUUUUGUGCCACUUUGUACAAAGCCAGCUGACCCGGCCCCCAGCCUCACCGCCACGCCCUGGGCUCCGGCCCUCUGUACCUCCAGUUGCGUCUAAUGCUCCAUGCUGUUCGGGAAUUGUUUUAUGUCUGUCUGUCAUGCAGAAAAGGUAGUGACUGACCGGUGUGGGCACAGAGACGGCCAGCUUUGCGCUUUCAUUUCCUCCGACACUCCUCCUGCGUCCAGUCCGAGGGCUUUUACUGGGCGCUGUCACUGCUGCCGGCUCAUCCUCUGGCCCUGCUCCCCGACUGCAGUCUCCUGGCGGCCUCCCCGCGGGUUUCUCCACGCCCCCCAGCCUGCCCGCAUGCGUGUGCAGCCGUGGCCCUCGCUCCACCACCUCGGAAGUUCAGGGGAGGCCCGGGCGGCGGUGGCCGCGGUGGCCGGCAGAGGCUGCCGUCCCCGUGGAAGCACACCUCCUUCGCUUUGCUGCCUGCGCCCAUGUCGGACAAGGAGACAGACUCACACUAAUCCUCAGCUCAGCACAGAGCUGGAGAGUGGAUUUCUGGAAUUUUCCGCCCAAGAAUCUCCAUUUCUGGGGUAUAUCUGUUCUGUCUCCGGCCUACCAGUGAGGCAUUCCUGACUUCCUCCUCCUGCUUUUCAGUUCCUUUUCCCUGGUGUUUUAUUUCCUUUGGGUGUAAAGACUCACAAGUGACCUGCUAUCGACAUAGCCAGAGGGUCGGGAAAGAACCGCGGAGGCGGGAGAGGUGGCCACGGAGGCAGCAGCACUGGCUGAGCGCUGGGGUCCUGAGUCGGGGGCGCGGCCGUCAGCAGCAAGGUGUUGUGGUGGCUGUUCUAGUGGAGCGAGGCCUCCAGGGGGGCAGCUGAUGUGGCAGAAGCAGGUGUCCGGACAUAGGCAGGCUCCGUCCAGGAGACUGGCCCUUCCGGCACGUCACGUACCUCGUGGUACCUUUGCCUUAGAUUUUCCAUUCUCCACAGCCAAGCACUGCCACAGGGCAGCCCCGUGUGACCCAGGGCCUGGGAAAGGCAGACAGUCCAGCAGCAGCCGGCUUGGUGCUGCCUCCCACCACGGCUUCCAGACGCAGCCUUUCGGGUGAACUCCGGAAACAAGCAGCUGGGGAGGGAUGAGGAGGCACCUGCCUCUGUGGGGAUGGGUUUUGUUGGAGACCCUCAUUGUUGGCGCUUUACUCCAGCGUCGGGGGUCAGCAGGUUCCGGUCCCAACUCUGAGACCCACUGCUCAGUCUGGAAAGGAGUGAGAAGUAUCCCGAUACUCCUGUUUCUCCCCAUGUGGGCAGUGGCUGCCGGCUGUGGUGGCUGGCCGGGCAGGGCAGGCGCUCCCGGGCUGCAGGGGCGGAGCUGGAGUACAGGCCCCGGGCUCUCUGGCAGAGUCAAUUCCAGGUCUCAGGAUUGGAGAGAGCAGCUCCCACAGCUUGAGCUCAGGGCUGAGUUUUAAAGAAGGGUUUGCAGGCCCUAAACUGUAGCCCUUGCACCGUGAGAAGCUGGGCCUUUCUGGUCCUGUUUACACCUGUUGUCCAGUCUUGGGCAGAACGGUACACAUUCUGUGCACAUCACAGGAAAGAGAUGCCCAAGAGGAGGGAAAGGCUGACCACUGAGCUGGCUACCUGCUAGCGGCUUAGCCAGGAGCCCUGGUCCCUGGGACAGGAAAUGGGGAAAGAACUUGAGUCUAACGAUCCCAGCAUAAUUACAGCCAAAAAUGCUGCCUCCCACCUUCCCAAGACAAGGGAUGUUCACUUCUCAGCAUCAGGUAGCUCCUUGCUGCAGCCCCAAGCUUGCUUAGGCAGAGUGAGAAUGGGAGGAAGGCCAGAAGGGCGGAGAAACGCAACAGGCUCGCUAUUUAUAAACUCUACCCCCAGAGUGGGGAGGGCAGGUACCAGACCUGGACUAAGCUGUACCAAGGAAAUAGCCCGUGGGUUCUCCUGCGAGACGGGCUGUGCAGCCCAGGACCCCAGCCAGUGCCCAGCCGGGCAGGCUGUGCCAACAGGCUCAGCACACAGGCUCCAGGACUCCCAGUUGGCCUGUCCUUGCUGGCAAUGACCAUGGGCUGCCGGUUUUUGCCGAUACAGGUGAGAUGGGACUCUUCAUUAAUAUUUGACUUUAAUAAGUUGGUAAGGAUAUAUUUUUUUGUCUAUGUUCUGUUUCAACUUAUGUAGAUUAUUAUAAAUUGAUGUAAACCACGUGAGAAGAAAAUGUUAAUAAAAAAAAAUGCAAAGCCCCAACAUUUGCACACAACUCGGUCCCGUGGUGCGGACAUUUGUGUUCUCAGGGGCCCAGGGAAGACCAGCAAUCUAAGUAUUGAAUACUUCAAGCUGCAUCCAGGUGUGAAUCUGCAGUUAACUCCCCUUGAGCUUCCCUCUGGGCCAGGGGAACUGGGGCAGUUUGAGGGGAGCCCAGGCCUUCUUGCUCUUCACAAAGGCCUCCAGGUCAGCCAGCAGCUAGCUCAUGAACAAACGCCCUGCAGGGACCUGGCCGUCAAUACGCCUCAGAGAUGGCAGGAGCUUGUUCGUUCAUGUGGAGGCUUCUUAUUUUAUGUAAACUUCCCUCUACGUUUUCCUGGGA